UCGCAAGGCUGUGCUGAGGAAGAAAUGCCGCCGCCGCCGCCGCCGCCACCGACUACCUGGCACCAGCUUAGCUUCAGCUUGUUGCUAGGCUCCUUCUGCAUCGCCCUGGUGUCCGCAGCGCAAGGCAACUCUGCUACAGAUGCUCUGAAUAUCCUUCUGAUCAUCGUGGAUGAUCUCCGCCCCUCCCUGGGCUGUUAUGGAGAUAAGCUAGUGAGGUCCCCAAACAUUGACCAGCUGGCAUCCCAUAGCAUUGUCUUUGAGAAUGCCUUUGCUCAGCAAGCAGUGUGUGCACCAAGUCGAGUUUCCUUCCUCACCGGGAGGAGGCCUGACACCACCCGCCUGUAUGACUUCAAUUCCUACUGGAGGGUACACUCUGGAAAUUUUUCCACCAUCCCCCAAUACUUCAAGGAGAAUGGCUACGUGACCAUGUCCGUUGGGAAAGUCUUUCACCCUGGUAUAUCUUCCAAUCACAGUGAUGAUUAUCCAUAUAGUUGGUCUUUUCCACCUUAUCAUCCAUCCUCCGAGAAGUAUGAAAACACUAAGACAUGUAAGGGACAAGAUGGAAAACUCCACGCCAACCUGCUUUGUCCUGUGGAUGUGGCAGAUGUGCCUGAGGGUACCUUGCCUGACAAACAGAGCACAGAGGAAGCCAUUCGAUUGUUGGAAAAGAUGAAAACGUCAGUCAGUCCUUUCUUCCUGGCGGUUGGGUAUCACAAGCCACACAUCCCCUUCAGAUACCCUAAGGAAUUUCAGAAGUUGUAUCCCCUGGAAAACAUGACCCUGGCUCCUGAUCCCCAUGUUCCUGAUAGUCUACCACCUGUAGCCUACAACCCCUGGAUGGACAUCAGGGAGCGGGAAGAUGUCCAAGCGUUAAACAUCAGUGUUCCCUAUGGACCGAUUCCUGUGGAUUUUCAGCGGAAAAUCCGCCAGAGCUACUUUGCUUCUGUGUCCUAUUUGGAUACACAGGUUGGGCAUCUUUUGAGUGCUUUGGAUGAUCUCCGUCUGGCCCACAACACAAUUAUUGCUUUCACGUCUGAUCAUGGAUGGGCCCUAGGUGAACACGGAGAAUGGGCCAAAUACAGCAACUUCGAUGUCACGACCCGUGUACCACUGAUGUUUUAUGUUCCUGGAAAGACAGCCCUCCUUCCUGCAGCAGGAGAGAAGCUCUUUCCUUACCAGGACCCUUUUGAUCCCGCUUCAGAAUUGAUGGGUGCAGGCAGGCGCACUGAGGACCUCGUAGAACUUGUGUCUCUCUUCCCCACGCUCGCUGGACUUGCAGGAAUGCCAGUUCCUCCUUGGUGCCCCAUCCCUUCUUUUCAUGUUGAGCUGUGCAGAGAAGGCCAUAAUCUCCAGAGGUAUUUGCAGCUCCAUGACUUGGAAGAGGAUCCAUACUUGUUUGGUAAUCCCCGGGAGUUGAUUGCCUACAGCCAGUAUCCCCGGCCUGCAGAUUUCCCUCAGUGGAAUUCUGACAAGCCAAGCUUAAAAGAUAUAAAGGUCAUGGGAUACUCCAUACGCACCAUAGACUAUAGGUAUACUGUGUGGGUUGGCUUCAAUCCUACUGAGUUUCUGGCUAACUUUUCUGAUAUCCAUGCUGGGGAACUCUAUUUUGUCGAUUCUGACCCACUGCAGGAUCACAAUGUAUAUAAUGACUCCCAACAUGGAGGUCUUCUCCUCUCACUGAGACCUUGAGUUCUGCCAGCCUCAGAGAGCACAUAUGUGUCCCCUUCCCCGUCUUUAUGGUGAAAGGAGGCAUUAGAGAUGGUAUCUUUUCCUACCCGUUGUAUUAGACAUAACCUGAGUGGGAAACAAUCAAAACAUGAAUCAGCAAUCUGGCCUAUGAGUAGGUGGCAGUGGAUCUUUUCCUACAGUCCUUAAGUUAGAUUUUGCCAUUGGAUUUGGGCUAAGCUAAAACUUCCAUUUUAAAAGCCCCCAUAGCUCAUUACUAUACAAGUGCAAAGUGAACUAAAGUAUAAUCAUAUCUUUAUAUCUAAAGACCAUGCUAACCAGACAUAAUACUUUACUCAAGAAAUUGUUUGCUUAUUGAAUUUAAUGCUUUUCAUAUAGUAACCAUAUGUCUUAAGUAGCCCAGUGUGUCAAGCAUGUUAACAUGUGAUUCAUUUCUUUCUCAUAUGUAAAAUUAAAGUUGUUUCUAGAAUUAUUACUUAGUUUCUAAGACUACAGAUUUCAAAAUCAAUGGUAAAAUACCCAUGAGAUGAUCAAUGCAGUGUUUUGUCAUUAAAUAAUAAAUAAUGCUUAGUAAAUUAUAGUUAAAGCUAGGAAAUUCAGUUAACUAUUUUGAUAUUCUCUGGCCUAAAUAAUAAUUUAUUAGUAAAUAGUACAACUAUUGAACUCAGUGGCUAUCUGCCAAAAAUUCUAUUAUUCACAAUGAAAAGCAUUUAAAAUGGAAGUAUUACCAUGAUUUGAAUCAUUCAGAAUUGUAUUCAUAUUCCUAUUUAGAGAAUUGCAGAUAUCUAUGUAUCCUGGAGGCAGGAGGUAUUCUACUUUUUGCUAAAGAAAGCAUGUUUAUAAAAUGUAAAUUAUCUUGAGGCUUAUGGAAACUUUUAACUAAUAAGGUAUAAGUAAUGUCCAGAAUGUAGUUCUGAAUUCGCUAGUACAAAAGUAAGUAGAAGGGUAUGUAGUGAGGAUAAAGUUAUUUCAUUGCUGUCAUCAAAGAGAAGCCCUUUGUGUAACAUGGUGAGAACUGCUCCAUUACCAGCUGUCCACAGCUUUCUAAAUAAACAUUCUUUGUAUUUGCUUUUGUAUUUAAAUGAGUAAUUUCAAUAAUUUUCUUAAAAAUGCCCGUGUUCAAGGCAAAUGUUUUUAAAACAAAAAUACAACAAAUAGCUAGGUAAAUUAUUGUCAUGUAUUAAAUUGUAACCAAAAAGUCAAGAUAUUACUUUGAACAGUGUAAAAUUUCAGAGACAGAGCAUUGUUUUUCCCAGUUGCCUGUAGAAGACUGGUAGCUGACAAUCCAUUGUUUUCCCCUGAGCAAUUAAGUAGCUGUCUUGGCAACAGCAGUUUGCGUUGCUGGUUUGGGAUUGAUGGUCCCAUUCAUCUCUCCUGAUCCCCAGAUUGGUCUGUUGUCUAGAAACUGACUUUUGCACCGUCUUUUCUUGUUCUUGAUCUUUAUGGCUCUCAUGAUGUCCACUCAGUAUCAGUUUUACAAUUUAGUUUAGAAAUUUCUCACAGCAUGCUUUCAUUUUGUUUAGCUCUGUUUGUUUCUCCUACUUGAUGGUUAGAGGACAGAUUUUGACACAAGUUUUUAUCUUUUAUCUAUUUAUUAUUUCUGUUUGAUCAUAGUAUAUAUACUUCAUUUUUUUAAUGUCCCAAAGCACAGUUUUAGUGUUAAACUCACCUGAAUUCUGUUUUCAUUGUAGUUAUAAGGCCAGUGGUGGCCACAUGACAUAUAUGGCUAUUUAAAUUUAAAUUAGUUGACACAAAAUAACAUUUGAAAAGAUUUCUGGUAUGUUAUAAUUUACACUUAGAACCUUCCCAUCAUAGCAGACUGGACAGAGAUGCCCUGGAUUCGAGCUAGAAGUGUUCACUGUGAUUGGCAGGUUCCUACUGUCCUGCAUUUGCCCACAGUGAGCAAACUCUAUUUGGUUUAGGCAGAGUCGGCCUAGAGUGUGCUGUGGCCAUCAGCUUCUUCCUUCCACUCUCAUCACCAUUGCUUUUGUCCUUCUUUCUUUCCUUCCCAAGAAAUUUACCUCCCUUCCUUUUUCCUCCCCUGUUCCUGAAGGAAUCCAUGUCUUCCUAAAAUCCCCCUCUUUUGACCCCUGCCCUUAAGAACACCGUCAGUGCCUACUAAAGGGUCUAGCGAGCCCCUCCGCUGAGCAGUCAGGAGUCUUCCUGGCUCCACAAUGCCCCUUCCCUUGGCUGACUCUCCUCGCCAAUCCUUACCUCCCUGCUCCUUCCAGCCUUUGUCCCUUCUUCUUAGCUCCAACGCCUUCAUUGCCAUUCUUCAUAACCUGGCUCCCUUACCCCCCUGCUUAGAGGCUGAGGCUGUCAGGACUCUCUAGACUGUAUUAGGGGGGAAUUUGAGUACAUCUUAAAAAAUGUGGUAUUUGCUUCACUUUUUAAAAGGCAUUUUUCCCUCAUUAUGAGUUUGAUAUGUUAAUUAUACAACAAUUGGAAAGCAGAAAUGCAUUUAAAGGCAAGAAAAUGUCUGAGUGCUUUAUACUAAGAUUGCCAUAUCUUGUCCUUUUUGGGGUAUGAAUGAUUUACAUUUAUUGAUCCUCUAUGUUUUUUUAUAAUACAACUUCUGCUCUUACUUUCUCUCUAAACGUUAUGUAUGGCUACUAGUGAUUUUUGCAGGUAUUUCAUAUUGCUGGUAAUAUAUGUUAUUGCAUUGAUUUAUUGUAAUUUUUUCAACCUUCUUUCAGUUGUUAGAAAUUUAGGUUAUUUCCAGAUUUUCAGUAUUACAAAUAAUGCUGUGAUCAAUUUUGUGAAUACAGUCUUUUUAUGUAUUUUAAAGUAUUCCCAUACGCUAAUUUCUCAGUACCAAGUCAUCAAAAACAGCUCUGUUUUCUCUUUGCUUGCUAUGAUAGCAUAUUAAACUUAGAAAAGAAACUCAAAAGACCUAUAUUAAAAACUAUAAUACCAAAAAAGAAACUCUGUAGUCCCAUAAUAAUAGGUGAAAGUUGUAUUCUGUUUUGACGUCUGAUUCUUUGUUGAUUAAUAACAUGAACCAUUAUUCUCUCUGUAUGGUAGUUGUGCAGUUGCAUUUCCAGUUGUGUGACUGUGUGGAAAUGUUAUGAGUCUUAUUACCAUUUAGUGUAAUAAAGUAAAUUUCUUUUUCCUGUGUGAUAGUUUUUUCCUGUAUAUUUGUUCUAAGCACAGAACAACUCCAUUUGUGUUGAAUAAAAAUGAAUAAAUACUCAUUUUACUUUGAAA